UAGUGCACGAGGUUUUCCUGUCAUUUUGCUAUUGCAAUAUGAAGAAAUGGAGGAUCAGAGGGGGGUAGGGUUGUCGGAAGUAUUCAACCAACGCUGCUUGUUUCAGCAACGGCCCCUUGAACGCCACGAACCCGCGUUGACACGAUCCUGCGACGGCAGAUCCGUUUUGACUUUUGCUCUUGUCCCCUGUAAACGCCAACCUCCAUGCUCACGUUCUCCAGCACCAAUUGAAGCCUGAAAUGGGGGGGGAAUGUCAGGCGCACGGCACGGCGCGAAUUGGCCGUGAGUACGGAUACUCCUCACUGGGAAAACAGCCAAAACACCACAAAACUACAAUCACCAAACACAGAUCCAAGAUCCUUCAUCUGAAGUUCGGCGUGGCGUGCGCGUGUUCAUCCCCUCCCUCACCGAGACAAGACCAAUUUCUGCAGGAAUCCAAAUUAAUAGAGUCAAAUCAUGAGAUCAUCUAAUAUCGCCGUGUGGCUACUCUCCUUCGCAGCCGCGGCACACCACCCAGCCGGCGCGCUCGCAUGCGACGGCGGUCACGACGACAUCAGCGCCCUCGACGCCGCGCGCGGCUUGGCGACCGGCGACAACGAUGACGCGCAGCUUCGGGAUCGUAUAUGCGCCUCGAAUCCGUUAACCUUUGCAUCAUUGCAAAGUAGCAUGAGGGACAACGGCACAUCCCAGUACGGCGGCGGUCUCGGUACGGAAGAUGGAGCUAUUGCUGAUGAGGGUGCCGUACCUGAUGGACUGGGCGACUCGGAGGAAGCGCGGAUUCGUUAUGGAACGAAUCUCAAAUCAUCAUCCGGGCUCUGGCACGUCCGCCCCUCCCCAGGCAAAGGCCUCGGCAUCUUCGCCCUCACCACCAUCCCCCGCGGCACCAUAAUAAUAGACGAAACCCCGAUCUUCACAAUAAACCCAGGCGCCCUCCACCAAGGCCGCGGCUUCGCCUUUGCCGCCAUCGCAGAGCUCGUCGACCAAGCCUUCUCAACGCUAAACGCCUCCGCCCGCGCAGCGUACCUCUCCUGCCCGGCCCACCGCGAACCCCAAGGCGCAGACGACGGCAUCAGCAACGAAGCCCUCGUCUUCCGCACAAACGGCUUCACCAUGUCCUCUGGCGAAAUCGGCAUCUUCCCACACAUUGCCAAACUAAACCACGCGUGCCGUCCCAACGCCGGGUCCGCCUCGGUCGGCGGGCGGAGGGUCAUCUGGGCGGGGCGGGAUAUCCUCCCCGGCGAGGAGGUGACGAUUACCUACGCGCCGCUGGUGCAGGAUACGGAUGCCCGGCGGGCGAGGCUUGCGCAGUGGGGGUUCACGUGUGAUUGUGCCGCGUGCGAGGCGCGGGACGACGACGACAAGAGGGUGGAGAUGAAGAGGUUGAUGGGGCUUAUUGAGCGGGAACUCGGGAGCGAUGCGUUUGGAGGCGAUAUGUUGCCCUAUGCGGAGAAGCUUGUAGGUCUUGUUGAGGAGGUUGGGUUGGUGGAUUAUUUGGGCAAGGCGUAUAAGUAUGCUUCUUACGCGGCGUCGAGGUCGGGCAAGUUUGGGGCGGCGAGGAAGUGGGCGAGGAAGGAGUUGAAGAUUCAUGAGAUUGCUGAUGGGGAGUCGGAGUAUGCGAAGGAGACGAGGGAGUUUUUGGCGUCGCUUCCGUUGUUGUGAUGAACGAGUUGGGGGGGGAUUUCACGAGAUUUCAUCAAUGUUUAGCGGCUCAUGUUUCGGAUCCGAGUCAAGUUCGGCCCAAGAGAGGGGGUCGCCGGUCGAGUCCC